AUGUACAAAAUCGAGCCUAUGCUUCCUAGCGACAUUCUUUCGUUGGAUUGGAUAAACCUGGACGAGACAUCUGAAAGCUUUCCUUUUAGCUAUUAUCUCUACUACUUAAUCAACUACAGCGAGGACUGCAUCAUCAUUCCCUCAUUGUUGGAAUACGAGACGUCCUUUACAUACAAGAGAGAUAUAUAUGGAUACAUGAUAGGAAAGCUGGAAGAGAAGGACGGCGUUAUAAGUGCACAUGCUUCUGCAGUUUCUGUCGCUCCUUCCUAUAGAAGAAAUCGCUUUGGAAAGAUGUGCAUGGAUGUGAUGGAGAAGAGUGGGGACGUUUACAACGCAUACUUUGCCGAUUUGUAUGUUAGAGAGGGAAACACAACUGCAAUUGAAUUUUAUAAAAAGCUAGGAUAUGUUACUUAUAGAAAGGUGUUCAACUAUUAUGUCGAUGGGGCCGAAGAAAAUGCUCUUGACAUGAGGAAAUCGCUGAAGAUGGAUAAAGAUAAGGUAUAUAUGGCGAGGGGCGUGGACAUUCAAGCCUCUAAGCUAAGGUAA